GUGCGCAAUUGAAAAGGGUCCGAUGACGACGACGACGACCGACUAUGAUGUGAUCGUGCUUGGUGUCGGCGCCAUGGGCAGCAGCGCGUGCUACCACUUGGCCAAGCGCGGUCAGCGCGUGCUCGGUCUCGAGCAGUUUGGGCCCGCGCACAACCGCGGCAGCUCCCACGGCAAGACGCGCAUGGUGCGGAAGGCGUACUUUGAACACCCCGACUACGUACCGCUGCUUCGCCGCAGCUACGAGCUAUGGGACAAGCUUGGCGCGUCGGUAGGCCGGCCACUCUUCCACCGGUCUGGCGUCGUCAUCUUUGGUCCGGAAACCAAGACCAAUGCGGACGACAUCAAUGUCCUCGCCGGCGUCCAAGCGUCCGCCGAGGAGCACGACCUGCCCCUCGAAGUGCUUUCGCGCGACGCAUGCCAUGCGCGUUUCCCGUACUUUCACGUGCCCGAAGGCUACAUCGGGCUCUUUGAGGCGGACGCCGGCUACGUCGAGGUCGAGGCCAGCGUCAACGCGCACAUUGAGCUGGCACGCAAGCUCGAUGCCGACCUCCGCUUCAACGAGGCCGUGCUUUCGUGGGACGUCAUCUCGGAAAACGCCGUGUCGGUUCGCACGGCGUCGGGGACGUACACGGCGGCCAAGCUCGUGGUGACGACCGGUGCGUGGUCGUCGUCGAUGCUGCGCUCCGCAUCGCUCGACCUCAAGGUGCACCGCGUGCCGCUAUUUUGGUUUGCGCCGGCGCCGACGGAGCGUGGUCGAGCGCUCGCUGCGACGCCCAACAUGCCCUGCUUCGCCAUCGAUCUGCCCUGUGGGUUUGUGUACGGUUUUCCGUACGUGGACGGCGACGGCGUCAAGAUCGCGCCGCACCUGCCUGGCGCUGUCCUGGACGACCCGUCGUCGCUGCAUCCAAGCGUGCUUCCCGGCGAGCUCGAUCCUGUCGCCGAGUGCGUCACCACGUGCUUUCCCGACCUGCUGCCGGCUCCAACGACGUCGGCGGUGUGCAUGUACACCAUGUCCAAAGACGGUCAUUUCAUCAUUGAUGCCCAUCCGGCACACCCCAACGUCGUCUUUGCCGCCGGGUUCUCAGGCCACGGAUACAAGUUUGCUCCCGUGAUCGGAGAAAUCCUCAGCGACUUGGCCACGCACGGGUCGACCGACCACCCGAUCGGCUUUUUGCGCCGACGCUAAGGCCGACGACACUUGCAGCGAUAGCCGAGUCGAGGCAGUUGGUGUUUCGAUGCAGCCUAUACUACAAUGGCAAUGUGUGUACAGUUCUUUGCA